CAACAAACCCACGUUUUCUAACAUUACAUUGUAGUGAAUAAGAACACGAAUGGAGACAAUCAAAUAUUGUUGAAGACGAAAUUACAAAACAUCUCACUACAAUCUGAGAACUAUACAGUAAAUACUUAAUUUGCAAAAUUUCAAUCAAUUGUCUCAAACUUGACUGUUUCUUUUGGAAAUAUCAGUUCAUCGUCUGAGAUUUUAUUGUUCCUGCAUUUUCAUACCAAUUGCUUUCCGUCCCCGUUUUUUUCCUUUUCGAUCUUCUAUUGAAAUACAUUUUAUUCCUGACUAUCAUUAUAUACUACUGAUGUGAAUACAAGUUGCUCAUACCACAAUAUGACUAACUGAAUAACCGUGAUUUGAUGAAUUUCUAUGAUGGAUUAAACUGCAAAAUCGUACAUGGAGGACAGUUGACAAACUCGUUCGAAGUAAAGAUCGGUGUCAGGCAAGGUUGCUUACUCUCACCCUUUCUCUUUCUCCUGGUGAUCGAUUGGAUAAUGUAGACGUUAACAUCUGAAGGGAAGCACGGGAUACAGUGGACAUCUAGGAUGCAGCUGGAAGAUCUGGACUUCGCAGAUGAUCUUACCCUCCUAUCACAAGCGCAGCAACGAAUGAAGGAGAAGACGACCAGGGUAGCAGCAGCCUCAGGAGCAGUAGGUCUCAAUAUACACAAAGGGAAAAGCAAGAUUCUCCGAUACAACACAGCAUGCAUCAAUCCAAUCACAAAUGACGGAGAAGAUUUGGAAGAUGUUAAAACCUUUACAUAUUUGGGCAGCAUCAUUGAUGAACAGGGUGGAUCUGAUGCAGAUGUGAAUGAAUCGGUAAAGCAAGAGCAGUAUAUUUACAACUGAAGAACAUCUGGAACUCAAAACAACUGUCAACCAACACCAAGGUCAGGAUUUUCAAUACAAAUGUCAAGACAGUACUACUGUAUGGGGCGGAAACCUGGAGAACUACGAAAGCCAUCAUCCAGAAAAUACAGGUGUUUAUUAACAGUUGUCUACGCAAAAUACUUCAAAUCCGUUGGCCAGACACUAUCAACAACAACCUACUGUAAGAGAGAACAAACCAGAUCCCAAUGGAGGAAGAAAUCAGGAAGAAGCGCUGGAAGUGGAUAGGACACACAUUGAGAAAAGCACCCAACUGAGUCACAAGACAAGCCCUCACAUGGAAUCCUCAAGGCCAAAGGAGAAGAGGAAGACCAAAGAACACAUUACGUCGGGAAAUGGAACUAGAAAAGAAGGCCCAGGACAGAGUGGGUUGGAGAAUGCUGGUCGGCGGCUUAUGAUCAAUUAGGAGUAACAGGCGUAAGCAAGUAAAGAUAUCUUGAAGAAACCAUCAAAUAAUCUAGUAAGAAUUGAACCCCUUCGAUGAACUAGUUCAGAAGUACUUACUAUUUCAUGUUAUUAUUACUUAUGUAAGUGCUUUUAGAGAGGAUUCAUAUACGUUGGGAGGAACAGAGUCAGUAUGAAUUUAAAUCCAUUCAUACGCUGAAAAAUUUCAUAUAUUCUUAUUUGCAUGAUACAAUUAAUUCAUCAUUGAUUAAUAUCAUUUUUACCUAGUCCCUUAGUGGUGAUAGAAUUUUAUCGAUCAUGUUGCAAAGUAGCCACUAGCCCAAUUAAUGACAUCAUGUGUACUAUGUUUCGAUGGUUGGAGAUAAUCAUGAGAAAACCUUGAACCAAGUUUUCGUACUAUGGUUGACAAACAGGACAAAUAUGAAAUUGGUGAAUAUUGUAAUCACUUUUGAAUAUUUCAAUCCUACAGAAGAUUAAAAGAGACUCGGAUAAUUCAAUGAAAAUGUCUUAGACUGUGAAGCAAAGAUAGCAUGGGUCUAAAUUCCAUAGACAAAUUCAGCUGUCGGCAACUUGAAACCACCUAAAAUCUUAAUAUUAA